AUGGGUAAUGAAGUUCAUCAAGCACUUGGACGCAUACUGAGGCCCUUUAGCCCCGGUAUUUUCAACUUGAAAAAUAAAGAGAUUCGAGUGUUUGUAAAACUAGUGACUAAACACCGUAACUCUCUUGACUUGGGAGAAUGUUGCCUGCCCGGUGGUUUAGAUCCUGCCAUUUCUUACAGUAUUAAUGGGUUCCCGGAACCCAAUUCUCUGCCCUAUCAUUGUGCACAAGACAUUCAAGAACAAGAUCGUUCAAGUCUUCACAGAUAUUGGUAUGUGUCUGUGAAGGCCGAUUUUGAUCUUUUGAACUCUCGGAUCAUUGGAAAUCCGACAGGGGCCCACAACCCUAACCUUGAACUCAAACAGCUUGUGUUACAAAAGUAA